AUGGCCUCAUGGGACUUCAUCGCAAAACUCGUCUGCAUAGGAGAUAGCGGGACAGGGAAAUCCUCACUCACUAUCCGUCUCUGCGAGGGUCGCUUCUCACCACAUCAUGAUGUAACAAUAGGGGUCGAGUUUGGCUCUCGGAUCGUCCCAGUCGGGCCUCCCAAUACACAACCCCCAAAACCGAAACCAAGCAUCUCCCGAGAUCCGUCAUUAGCAGAUGUCUCCGACGGGCUUCCAGAACCGCCACGCGCUGAACAGACCGUGGUCCAGAAACAUAUGAAGUUGAGUUUAUGGGAUACGGCAGGGCAGGAAACGUAUAAGAGUGUAACGAGGAGUUAUUUUCGCGGAGCUUCGGGAGCCUUGCUUGUGUUUGACAUAUCAAGACGUUCGACAUUCCUGCAUGUGAUGGACUGGUUGAACGACCUUCGACAGAUUGCCGAGCCAGAUAUUGUGGUGGUUUUGGUUGGGAACAAGUCGGAUUUGGCUGCUGGAGAUGAGAAACAGCGAGAAGUUACGAUUGAAGAGGCUGAAGAGUGGGCUAAGAGCAAUGGGGUCUUGGAGUAUGUGGAAACGAGUGCCAAGAACGGCGACGGUGUUGAGAUGGCCUUCGGAAGAGUUGCAGAGAGGAUUUAUCAGAACAUCGAGGCCGGAAAGUACGACUUGAAUGAUAGGAGAUCAGGAGUAAAGGGACCACCUGCAGGAGGCGGAAACAGGGGGAAUGUUAAACUCAACGGCUCAGCGAAGACGACUGGCUAUGGCUGCUGUUGA